AUGGAUGUCGACUGUCUUUACUUUUUCCUUCUUCUCUUGCUGCUUCCCGUCGGCCAGAGUAGAUGGACAGCAUGUGUCAAACUGUGUAGGCCGUCGACGGGUGCAACAACAAGCACAAGCGUGCAACAAGCCUCUCUCUUCCUCUCGGUUUCUCACUCAGCCACACCCGAAACCCCAAAAGCCAAGAUCAAUCAAUGUGUCUCUCAGUUCUCGGGGUUUCCUGUGUGCGGCCUGCCCAUGUCGGACGGCACGCACCUGUCAAUGAGCCCGCCCCAUUGUUUCGUUUGGAGCUGCUUCGUCCAGCGGUGA